GCAAUUCUUCUUUGGCAUGUUGAACAUUUUUUUAAAAAUUAUCAUCAUCUUUUGUUAUCGAUGGAGAUUAAACAGAGAUAUAGAUGAAGAACUAGAUGAAAAUACUGGCGAACUGUAGGGAUAAAAUAUGUUUCAACCUGAUGCGACCCGAGCCGCCACAUUGGGGGCAGUCUCCCACCCAUGUGCGGAGCAGUUCUGGCUGGCGUUUCGACGGCGCCGUUGGUGGUCGAGAGUGGGUGGCUGCGGUGCGGGCCGCACAUAUGCCGCCAUUGCUUCCAAGGAUUCGAGGUCCUUCAAAGGCUCCCCGACUGAUGGGUUGUUCGUCAUUACUCCUAUUACUCAGAUCCAUACGAUUCCGGAGCCAGAGCCAGAGCCGACAAUUGCCUUUGGUCGAUGAGACCGACACCGAGCACGAGCUCUCAAUGCUACCCCGGAGGCAACAAUUGGCAGUUCACGACGCCCUCGGGCGUGGUCAAUGAAACCGACACCGAGCUCGAGCUCGAGCUCCCAAUGCUUGGUUUAGAACUCAAAUUUUAGUCGAAUUCUAAAGGUCUCCGACAAGGAUCUGAUACCUCCAACUACCAAACUCAGGAACUACUUUUAUGGUAUCUCCCACCCAAGACACCUCCAUAUCUCAAU